AUGGGCCGUCCUGGCUCGAUGGCUCCGCGACUCAUCUCUGUUGUCGGGUCUCUCCAUGUUGACCGUAUCAUGAUCACCGACCGGAUACCGGAUCGUGGAGAAAGCUACAAGGCAAGACAAUAUCAUGAGACACUGGGAGGGAAAGGAGCAAACUCGGCGAUCGCCGUCUAUCGAAGCAGCCAUGCCCGACCCCCCGAGGGCAAACUCACCUCAUCCGAUGAGAGAAUCGACAACUCCAAUGACAAGGAGAUUGAAGUAUGCAUGAUCGGCGCGGUGGGAGAUGACAAGUAUGCGCAAAUGUUUGAAGACGUGCUGCAAGAGAACGGAGUCGAUGUGUCGCGCCUUCAGAAGGUGGAGGGACCGACAGGAAUCAGCUUCGUCCUGGUAGAAUCCGCCAACGGAGAGAACCGAUGUAUCUUUGCCAGCAACGCAAAUGAUGCAUUGUUGGUCGACUAUUUCAGCCACCUCGACAGUCUUGCCAACGGGCGGCCACCGGAUCUAGUCAUUGCACAGAUGGAAAUUGAUCGCACCGUGGUCGAGCAGAUGAUCGAAACGGCGGGCGCAGCAGGCAUCGAGUUCUUGCUCAACGCCGCACCGGCCAACUACAUCCUGAGCCACUACUACCCGCUGAUCACCCAUUUACUGGUAAAUGAGACCGAGGCAGCGACCAUGUCUGGCCGUGAAGUGGAAGAAGUGAAUGAAGAGACCUGGCAAGAGAUUACCGAGUACUUCCUUGGGAAAGGCGUGACGAACGUGGUCCUGACCCUGGGAGCACGUGGAGCCUUCUUUGGCAGAGCCGACGAGUUUGGCCAUGUGCCGGCUUUCAAGGUCGACGUGAAUCUCAGGGACACAUUCACGGGGGCGUACGCAGCAGAUUACUUGCGACAGAAGCAGAUGGGACAAUGGGAUAUCAGAGAGGCAGUUGUUCGUGCUUGUAAAGCCGCAGCAUUGACAAUCACACGUCUCGGAGCUCAGGAAGGAAUUCCUUGGAUGGACGAGAUUGACAAUUUCGAGGAACACGAAUUGUCUCGGGCAGGACCGGAGGUUGCGUCCCAAUCUGCCACGAGUGCUUCAGAAGAGCUGUGA